AAUUUCCGUAGGAAGGGAUCGCCGUGUAUUAGGAACCACAACUUCAACGGGCCAAGACACGAUGGUCGAUGGCACGAUGUUGGAUGACCUCCUGCUCGGCGGCGAUGGAAUGGACCUAGUGGACCAGAGCCUCGACCCGUCGUGGCUCGACGCGCUGGUGCCGCCCGACGUUCCUGCAGACGCGCCGGACGUUGUGGAAAACGUCAACACGCUUGGCGCGCUCUUGGCGUACUCGUGUGAAGUGGAGUGCGUCGAAAACGUUCUGGCGCUGCUCAAGCAAGGGGCGAAUCCAAACGUGGCAUUUCACAACGGCAAGACAGCGUUGGAGUGGGCUUCAUCUAAACAGAACGACGUGAUCGUGGGCCAUUUGCUUCGACACGGGGCUGCCACAGUAGGUACCUCAAGCCACGACCAGCGCCGAUGGACAGCCCCGACCGUCCCCGCUCCGCCACCGGUCCCGUCACCGCCGCGUCCGGCAGCCUUCCCAUCUGCUAGUUCGACCCCCCCGUCCACGGAAGCAAACGAGUCAUGGAAGAUCCCAGCUCGCAAGUUCAUCAAACGGCCUGUAGCCACAUCGGAGAAGCGGCUGGAAAGCCUGCGCGGGCUGUACAACUAUGAGCGUCGGCCGACGGACCCUCGGGACAAAUCGCGCCCGCGGUCCGACGCCGCCGCCGCCACGAAGUCACCCCACGCCUCCAGCUCUUUGUCCCAACCAUCCGUUUCUCGACUACUACCCGCGUCAGUUCCGCCGCCGUCGACCAACCAUCUUCGAUCUACGUCUGUACAUCGUUCCAAAUCCAAAUCCACCGCGCGGCCACCCGCGAGCCCCGAUCCGGUACUCCAUCCGCACUUGUACCGGUCGAAGUCUCGUCCCCGCUCUCCGUCCCCGCUGGGCACUCCAUUUUCCCGCCGCCUGCGGUCUCACUCGCACGCGCGGCCGCAUCCAACGUCCCCCGAGCGCACGAUUCCGUACCAUCCGUCCAUGGACAUGUGCGUGUUGUAUGUUGGCAACCUCCACCACGACGUGUCGGACGCGGCCGUGCGUCGGCAGUUCAAACAUUGCGGCGACGUCCGGUACUUUAAGCGGGGCUUUGCGCCGCCAUGGGGGCACAUUACGUUUGCCACGGCCCAAGAAGCGGUCAAGGCGCUGUCUCUGAACGGCCAACUGUUGAUGGAACGGCCAAUGGUCGUGCGACUAGGGGACCGCUGCAACCCCGAGCUGGCGGCGGAUGUCAACAAGUUGUUGAAGAAGCAACGCCGCAAGGAAGAAGUCGACGAUGACGAUGAUGCACGACGAAGACGGCGAAGAAGACGAAGUGAUGAUCAUGAUGAUCGACGGGGGAGGUCCCCGGCGCGGCGGACAUCGCGGCGGUCGCGGAGCCCCGAGCGGUGGGAACACGAUUUGUUUGAGGACAAGCCGCGGGUUUCCAAGAGCAAGUCGGAAAGUAUGCGACGAGGUUCGUCGUCCAGACGACACGACAGUCGCAGCCGGAGCCGUCCUCGAAAAAAGGCCGAUCGAUCGGACCGUCGUCGCAGCAGCCCCGCCAAGACAUCGCAUCGUCAUCAUCAUCGAGACGAUCGAUCCAAGAGUCGGGGGCCAAGCGACAAGAGGACGUACAGCGACAGACACAAAAGUCAGUACGGCCCGUCGUCGCCGCGUACGAAGAAACCGCCCGAGCGACGCGAUCGCUCGAAAACCCGACAAGAUCACCGAUCAAAGAGCCAGUAUCGAUCACCCCAUAACGAACAACACGGCGGCCCCAUGUUCCCCCCUUUGUCGACCACCCAAAGCCGACUUCGCCCGUCGACGCACCAACCCGCCGCCCGGUCCACCCGUGGGGCCUCCGUCCAUCGACCCGACGUGUCGGCUUCGACCACCUCGCGUCCAGGGGCGCACCGUCAUGCCAACAAUAGACGGUCGCAUGCCCUCCCAAGUCGAUCCCCAAGGGAUGUACCAUCCCACCCUCGUCACCCGCCGCCACCCCCCAGCGACGUUGUCGACUUGUCCAUGUCCAGUCCAGAAGACAACGACGAGAGAUGCUACCUUCCUCCGAGAAACCGAUCCACGCAAUCGAUCCUCCGUCGGCCAUCCGUUCGAGAGGACCCGCGAGGACAUCGGUCCAAGAGCAGCGUGAGCCAGCAUCAUGGCGGUGGCGGCAGCGGCGGUCACAUGCAGCGGCACCGGUCCAUGAGUCAGCACACCAGCCACCGAGCUCACCACCCAAGCAGCUCUUACGGCCCUCAACACAGCCGACCUAGCACUCCCCUCCGACCAUCGCGAGCCGCGCCAUCCCCAUCUCGAGACGAUCCGUUCCGUGCGUUCGAAGCCAACAAGCGCCCGCGCCCCCCUUCGGAGGACGACGAUUCCUUUUCCAUCCCCAAACGCCCCCGUUCGUCCUCCACAGCGCCGACUCGCUGUAGUCGAUUCAACGUUCAAGUGACAAACGUGUCGAAGCGCGCCAGCACGGAUGCCCUCCGCCGGAUGUUUGGCAUCUGCGGUCCCCUCUUGGCCUUCCACCGCGACGUGUCGCCCACCGGCGUGCCCCAGCCGCUGGUGCGCAUCUCGUACGAGUUUCGAGAGGCGUUGCAAAAGGCACUCGAGCUCGACGGCCUCAAGCUGUAUGGUCGCGCCAUCCGGGUCCAGUUGUCGUAGUAGUACUAGUAGUACGCAGACUGUAGUAGUACUGUAGUUGGGUGACUGGCCCUAGUAUACUUUUGAUUCACAUCACUCCUGGUAGUUUGUUUCUAUGAGGAUUAUUAUAUCCAGCCCAG